UUUUUUUUUUGGAGUCCACAUCAUUCGCCAUCUUUAUGAAGCAUCCUUCAGUAGCAACAGCAGCAGCAGCAGCCAUGGUCGCCGCACCGUCUACCAUCGGGAUGUUUUGAAAAAAAAAAACAAAAACAAAAAAACGGGGACUGUCACCGGGACUGGGAUCGUCAUCAUCAGCUGGCGCGGAAUGGUAUUUAUGAGCAGACAUUUCUUAUAUAACUGCAGCCAACCUAUCCUGGAUGUGAAGAUAGCCUUUUGUCAGGGUUUUGGAAAACAAGUGGAUGUGUCAUACAUCGCCAAGCAUUACAACAUGAGCAAAAGCAAAGUGGACAACCAGUUCUACAGUGUGGAAGUGGGAGACUCUACCUUCACAGUUUUAAAACGUUACCAGAAUUUAAAGCCCAUCGGCUCUGGAGCUCAGGGAAUCGUCUGUGCGGGCUAUGACGCUGUCCUGGACAGAAAUGUGGCCAUCAAGAAGCUGAGCAGACCCUUCCAGAACCAGACCCACGCUAAGCGGGCGUACCGGGAGUUGGUGCUCAUGAAAUGUGUCAAUCACAAAAAUAUUAUCAGUUUAUUAAAUGUCUCCACGCCACAGAAAUCAUUAGAGGAAUUCCAGGAUGUGUAUCUAGCGAUGGAGCUGAUGGAUGCCAACUUGUGCCAGGUGAUUCAGAUGGAGCUCGACCACGAGAGAAUGUCCUACCUGCUCUACCAGAUGCUUUGUGGUAUCAAACAUCUGCACUCAGCUGGCAUUAUUCACAGGGACCUCAAACCAAGCAAUAUAGUGGUGAAGUCGGACUGCACCCUGAAGAUCCUGGACUUUGGUCUGGCAAGAACUGCAGGCACAAGCUUCAUGAUGACCCCUUACGUGGUGACUAGAUACUACAGAGCCCCAGAGGUCAUCCUGGGCAUGGGAUACAAAGAGAAUGUGGAUAUAUGGUCGGUGGGGUGCAUUAUGGGAGAAAUGGUGCGCCACAAAAUCCUUUUCCCCGGUCGGGACUACAUCGACCAGUGGAACAAGGUGAUUGAGCAGCUGGGGACUCCCUCACCGGAGUUCAUGAAGAAGCUUCAGCCCACUGUGAGGAACUAUGUCGAGAACAGGCCAAAAUACGCCGGCCUCACCUUCCCCAAGCUUUUCCCAGACUGCCUUUUUCCUGCUGACUCUGAGCACAACAAACUCAAAGCGAGCCAGGCCAGAGAUCUGCUGUCUAAGAUGCUGAUCAUUGACCCUGCUAAACGGAUAUCUGUGGACGAGGCCUUGCAGCACCCCUACAUCAACGUUUGGUAUGAUCCAGCUGAGGUGGAGGCGGCCAAAGAUCUCAUCCAAAUAUCCAUGCCUCCACCUCAAAUCUAUGACAAGCAGCUGGAUGAGAGAGAACACUCUAUUGAUGAAUGGAAAGAACUCAUCUACAAAGAAGUGAUGAACUUUGAGGAGAGAACGAAGAAUGGCGUUGUGAAGGGACAACCUUCACCUUCAGGUGCAGCCGUGAACAGCAGCGAGAGCCUCCCUCCCUCCUCCUCUAUCAACGACAUCUCCUCCAUGUCCACUGACCAGACCCUGGCCUCAGAUACCGACAGCAGCCUGGAGACCUCUGUAGGACCCCUGGGGUGUUGCAGGUGACUAGCCGCCUGCCUGCGCAACCCCAUGUUCUUCCGAAGGUGAAGAACCCAACUGACAAGGCCCAGUGAAAACACAAA